AUGGGCUCGUCUCCGGUCCAAGGACACCCAGUUACCGUCAGUCUAAAGGAGCUCGAACAGGGGUCUGUGUCUUUCGAGACCUUAACAGAAGCUUUCGGCCCCUCUUCGCUCGGCAUCAUCGUUGUCAAGGACCUGCCCGCUCGCUUCCGCGACCUGCGGGGCGCCGCCCUGUCCAAUGCCUCUCUCGUAGCGGCCCUCCCGCCAGCCGAGCUCGACGCCCUCUCGAGCCCCGCCUCCAAAUAUCUCGUAGGCUGGUCCUGCGGGCAAGGAAACUCUUCGCUCCGGCCGCUUUCGACACGCUCAAGGGGCUCUUAUUACGUUUAA